GUCACGUGAUAUGCAUUCUUGUGUGGAAAGUCUGCCAAACUUACGUCGACUGUGUUUGAUCGAAAAUUGAGUGGUAAAUGGAAGGCUGAAAGAUCUGUUCGUUUAAUUAGGUGUUAAUAACAAACUCUUCUUCCUUUUCUGGAUAUAGGAUUUGAAAAAAUAUGUCUACACAGCCGCAACGAGUGCGGAAGAACGCGUCGCCCUCGACGAUGCGGCCGAUGAAAGCCGUGCAACCCUUCAAAUUGAAGGGGAGUCCCACCAGAAAAAGUCCGUCCUCACCCACACCUUGGGUACCGAGAAGAUCUCCAGACUCCAACUACUCCCCGGAGAGGAAAUCUCCGAAUUCACCAAGUUUCAAAGUUGAACGUCCAAAAGCUGUGAGAGUGACCAGUAGCCCCCUGAAGAGAACUGGGUCACUAGAGGCGAUCUAUCUGAAGGGGCAGUGGCCCUCACCAGAGUUUCUGUCAACAGCAAGCUUCAAGGUCGAUGCCUGUACUCAGACAGAAGAGGCAGAUGUUGUUCGUCACAGCUCACACAAACUGGACAAAAAACAGAGGAAGAAGUCCAAAGAUCACCGACGAUCCAGGUCAUUUGGGCCUGGUGACCAGCUAGCUGCCAUCAGACAAAGGUUAAAGAACUCCAGUAGGAGUGACACACCGAAGGCGCGACAGAGUCCAAUACCGGCCAGUCACGACGCCCUGUCCGUUACAGCGCCCGCAGCCCUCCAGAACCUCACCGUGCCAAUCCGGACAUCUAAACCCCUGGGGAUCCCAGCUCACAUCCCCUCCCCCAAGAAUAUGUCCAGGUACCAGAGAAACAGCGUAGAGGGCCUCAGCAUGGAGAUUGAAAAACUGGUGCUGAAGAACAUAGAAUAUGACACUGAAGAGACAGAGAGAAUUGAGAUCCCAGAUGGGCACCGGGCUCCAAUCCCCGAGCCCGUUCAUCGGACCAGUAGUACCCGCAGUGUGGACACCCAGACCCCCUCGGGCGUGCUGGACAUGGGAACGCCAACUGUCAGUGUGGACGACAUGAGCUCAGGAAGUGGGUCACAUUCCGGUAGUCCCGCUAUACCCAUAAUUCCCGGCCAGAUGGACUCUUCUCGCCCGUCCAGUGGAGCGGACUCGGGCAACGAGAGGACAGAGAAAGAUAUUGAGGGAUGCGAGUCACCGGAUUCUCACUUUAAGGUGGUGGCCAGUCCUCGUCCUAACAAGUCAUACUCAUUUGUCAGGGAACCACCUGAUGGCUGUGAAAAGAUUAAAGUCAUCUCGGAAGACGACAAGAAAUCAAGUCAGCCGUCCAUAAAAGUCCCACUAAUGUCAGGUCCACUAAUGUCGUGUCCAAUCAAGACAAGUCAAUAUGUCUUCAAACCUAGCAUCGACUCUGCUUUCUGUCCCCUUAGAAACAUGUACACAAGUCAAGGGACACAACCCACUCCUGCUCCAAUUACUAAUUAGAGUUAUCUCCCCAUGAGAGAUCUAUCUAUUGUUAUUUUUUUUCCUUUGUGUAAUUUUGCUUUUGAAUAUUAUUGGUUUUUUCUUCCAUUCAGUUAGUAUUUUGAGUAAUUCAAUAAAAUAGUAUUUAUUUGGUUAUUUUUUAAGAGGUUGUACUAAUUUUUUUAAUUACUAGAAUCUCUAAACUGAGGAUUUUUUUCAUCAGUUGUGCUAAUUUUGUAGUUAUGUGUAGUUGGAAUUUUAUUAUUCCGUUGACAUUUUGCUCUGUUUUGGGGCUCUUAGUUGCAUGCAGUUACAUGUAAAUGUGUUUAAAAUACAUGUUUAAAUUCUAUCUUUAUUGUUAACAUUAUCAAGUACAUGUAUUAUCACUUAGCAAAUAUUUAGGUUUGACUGUUGAAUUGUCGGAAUCUGUUUCCUGUAAGUUGUGUUAAAGUUUAGAUUUUCAUUAUUUUUGCUUAGUAAUUAGCUUGCCAGACAAUUUUCAGAAAAUACUACUGUAAAGUUGCAAGAUUUUUUUUCUUAUUUUGGCAGACUCUAUUGAAAUCUUAUUUGAGACUACACAAAGAUGUAAAAACAUUCCAUAUGUCUUGAUAUUUAAAUCAAUGAUAAGUCAUUUUUAGAUCAUUUUGAUUCUUUAAAUGCAUGUGUGAAUUUUUUUUUGUGCUAAAAUAUGAAAUCUAAACAAAUGUGGCAUCUCCAUUUAAAUGGCAUUAAGUCUAUGGGAAAAUAUUCAUUUAGUGAGAAAAAGAAAUACCUCAUUUACAUGUAUCACUAAUCUAACGAAAUUUUUCCUCAUGAUAUUUCAUAAAAUAUGUAUUUUUAUAUUCAUGUUUCAAUGUUGUGCUGCAUAACCUUAUUUGAUGGUUUUCUUACUGAAAAUGAAAUGUACUUGUCCUUUAUUUUUUCCAGUUUAGUUUUAAAUGUGUCACUUUUUAUGAGUGAGAUAUCUUUCAGAUAUCUUAGCAUAGAUUUAUUCAUUGAAUAUUUGUACAUGUACAAUGGUGGUUGAGUAGGUUUUUUUUGUGCAUAAAAUUGAUAACUUGAUCAAUAGUAGAAGAUAUCUACAUGUAAAAAACAGAACAGUUCUAUACAAACUCAAUUUUUAUCAGAACCUCUCUAUCUUUAUUGACAGUUUUUAAAUUGGAACCUUUCUGUCUUUUCACAAUUUUACUUAUUCCAUUAAGUUUUCCAGAAUUUAACUAAGAAUUUGUAAAAGCAGCAGAAGUGCUCAUCUGAAUUCCUUUAAAAUUUCGAGGAAAUUUGUUUCAGUGAGUCUGAUAUGAAUUGAAUCUCACAUUUUCUUUAAUGUGGGAAGCGAAAACUGACAAAAUGGGCGAUUAAGCCAAGCAUCAGGUAUUUUCACACCUCCGUCCAUAACGAUCCUUCACUCAAGUUUCAUGAUCAUGUUUCACUUCUAUACCACUUCAUCCAUACUUUGAACGAUCCGUCCAGACACAUUUUUUUUUUUUUACACUUUGUCCCAGGUGUGUAUAACUGGUCAUAAUGUUUCAGUAUUCUUUAUUUCUCUCUCUGCUUGGGUUAAGGAACAAAUUAGGGUCAUACACAAAAUGUUUACAUUUGUAGAAAGAAUUUUUUUUUCAACAAGACAUACAGCAGUUGAAAGAUGUCGAAUUUUGCUUAUUUUUUGCCUUAUAUGUUUUGUAUUGAAGAAAGGUGGUUCUAUUGUAAAAGUCAUUAAGAUAUAUUUCUAUCAUUAAAUGUAAAGACUAUCAUAUGAUUGAUUUUAUGAUUGUAGUCAAAUUUUUGUUCUUUCUAGCAAUAUUCCAUAGACCUAAAGACAAAAUUUUGUAGUGUUGCCAGAUUUUCUUGUAAAAGUUAACCCCCCUACAUUUUAUUGUGAAUUUAUAGUUGCAACCCAAUAUACAUGAAGCAUUUGUCCUAAUAAGAUGCUGUGUCAAAAUAGCUUUUUUUUAAGAGAAUUGCAAAGAAAGGGUCAGUAAAUCUGUACUUGCAGUAGAGUUAACAUCCAUACUUUUUGGCAAUGCAUUUAAAAAUAUUGUACGCAUUAUCCAUACCUAUAUUUGUUUUUUCUUUGUGUUUCAUGUUCGUGUAAAAUUUAGUAUUUGACAACACAAGACUUGAGAACAAACCCAAUUUCUUUUCAAUUCCUAUCACAAUAUUGAUGAAAGUCUUGCAUACUCUAAACAUAAAGUACUUUUUUCCCACAAGGUCAUUAUUUUUCGGAAUCAAUUUUUUGAUAAUAUGCAGUUAGAAAAUAAGAAAGAUUUCUUGGAACCUCCAAUAAAUUCCUUUAAUUAUUUUGAUUUUUUUGCAACAUAUUUCUGCAGGCACUACAUAGCAAAAAUAAUCCCAUGCAGAAAAAGUUUGUUCUAUAUCUGCUUAUUUUUUGGGGGGGGGGUAGGAGUUUCAAUGAAAAAAUAUUUAUACUUAUUUAUAAAAAGUUAAUUUAUUUAUGAAUUUGUUCUUUGAUUAGAAAAAAAAAUGAGAUUAAAGUAAGGAAUGGUAGAAAAUAGAAUAUCUUGAUGCAAAUAAGUCAUUGAUUGACCAAAACUUGUAAAAUUUUCAAAAUACAUGGAAGUAGUGAACUGAAUAUUUGUCCAUGCUUUUAUUUAAUUGCAUUGUAGUAACAUGUACAGGACCAUUUGUAAUAUUAUUCUAAUGACAUUAAAGUUUUUUGGAAAUUUUAGAAAGGAAAUGCCACCGUACUGGAAAUAUUACAUGUAUUGUUUACAUGCGUACUUGAAUUUUCAGGCAUGGUAAUUCAACAGUGUUUAAAAUAUUUUGCAUUACAUGUAUAUAAUAAAUUCUGUGUGAUUUUUCAAAAGGUCAAAGGCAAAUAUUUCAUCCCUCCUACAAAGAUUUUUUGAAGCUUGCUGAUUCUCUUUAAAAUGUAAUGUGUCCAUUUAUUUUGUAAUUUUUGACUUGAAUCUAAGCGAAAGGUUAAAGAGCAUUGAUUGAAAAAAAAAUUAAUUGGCCUGUCAAAUAUAUUUAUAUUUUACUAAAUUUCUUAUUUUUUUAAUGUCAUGAAUGAAAAGUAUGUACACGAAAUUAAAAAAGUGAGAGAUAGACAAAUCAUUUAAGCAGUUGCAAGCUUUAACUUCAUCAACUUGAAGGGAUAUUUUUUCUUUAUAUUUUGCUUGUUAGAAAUGUGAAGUUUUCAAAUUGUGAAAAUUGUUUAAAAAAAAAAAAAAGAGAAAAAAUAAAAAUGUUAUCUUUUGUAAUUUUAA